CCGUCAGGCCUGGGCGUUGUGAGGCCUGCUGUCAUGGUGAGCGGAGUGGGGGCAGGCGGCACAGAGGCUGAGCGUCGGGAGGCCUCGGCGUCUGGCCUGUACUUCCCGUGACCCCUGUGCAGAAACCGCUCUGAUUCAGGCUCGCGGAAGCCCGCCAGAGGCCCCCAGCGCGUGCUCCGGCAGGAACGGAUUGUGGAUAAGUGUCCCUGAGGUUAACUAAGACUCUGGUUGCCAGUGAUUCGUUUGCAGGCUGGGAAGGAUGCUUUUGUGGUGUAUCUGUUUUGUGUGUUUCAUUAACUGGAAGUCCUGUUGGUUGUGAAGACGUUGGGUUUUACUUGAGCUCUGUGCUCCUGGAAAACAGCGGAGGUUCAGAAAUCUCCAGGAAAAGGCUCACUGCAGAGAAGCUCCUUUUGUACACGUUCUAGACCAUUGCUCUCAGAAACAAAACUAUUCAUGUGAGAUAAGCAGAGAAUUCAUGUGAGAUUCUCAAGAAUGAGAAUAUAGUAUUGGUUUCCAGAUCUUUCACUAGAGGCCUCUCUCCAGAGUCAGAACAGACAGAAGUCAAAAACAGCAGGUUUCCUGAGAGCAGCAGAAAAUGAUUGAGUCACAGAUAUCAUUUGAGGAUGUGGCUGUGGACUUCACAUGGGAGGAGUGGCAGCUGCUUAACCCCACUCAGAGGAGCCUGUACAGAGAUGUGAUGCUGGAGAACUACAGCAGCCUGCUCUUCCUGGGUUAUCAAAUCAUUAAACCUGAUGCCGUUUUCAAGCUAGACCAAGAGGAGUCAUGGACAGUAUAUGAAGAGACCCUACACCAGAACGUUUCAGAAAUCUGGCUAGACAGUGAUUCUAAAAUAUGGCAUCAAGAUAAUCAAGACAAGCUUAAAAGUAUGGAGAAAGGCCAUGGAUGUGAUGUUUUGGGGAAAAUAUUUAAUUCAAGCAUGAACUUUGUUCAGUUAGGAAUGAGACUCCAUAAAUGUGGCAGAGGUGAAAAAAGUUUGAAACAUCCUUUUGAUUUUCUUAUUCCAAAAAAUAACUGUGGCAAAAAGAAAUUUGAUGAGCUCAGCAAGGAGUUACUGUUUUGUGUGAAACCCGACAGAGGCUGUGGAGAGGUACAAUACUGUGAUGACAAGAAACACAGAAGAACCAGCAGCAGCGAGGCUUGUGGGACACACACGGGAGUCUGCUUGUGCUUGGAGUGUGGCAGAGUUUUCCACAGGAAGUCACAGCUGACCAUUCACCAGAGAACUCACACAGGAGAGAAGCCCUAUCUUUGCAGCGAGUGUGGGAAGGCCUUCUCACAGAAGUCCUUGCUCACUGUGCACCAGCGGACACAUUCAGGGGAAAGGCCCUACGGGUGUGGCGAGUGUCAGAAGGCUUUCAGCAGGAAGUCCCUGCUCAUGCUACAUCAGAGAACUCACACUGGAGAGAAGCCCUACGGGUGCAGUGAGUGUGGGAAAGCCUUCAGCAGGAAGUCCCAGCUCAAAAGGCAUCAGAUGGCUCAUGCAGUAGAGAAGCCCUAUAGCUGCAGUGACUGUGGGAAGGCUUUCUCCCAGAAAGUGAAGCUCAUCACACAUCAGAGGGUACACACAGGAGAGAAACCCUAUAAAUGCAGUGAUUGUGGGAAAGCUUUCUUUUGGAGGUCUCAGCUCAUUACUCAUCAGAGGUCUCACACUGGCAAGAAACCAUAUGUGUGUAGUGAGUGUAAAAAAGCCUUCAGCAGGAACUCACUCCUCAUUAGGCAUCAGAGAAUUCACACAGGAGAGAAGCCCUAUGCAUGCAGGGAAUGUGGUGAAGCUUUCAUCCGAAAGCCGCAGCUUAUCAAGCAUCAGAUAAUCCACACGGGGGAGAAGAGCCAUCGAUGCCGCAAUUGUGAAGAGGCCUUCUUCAAGAAGUCAGAGCUGAUGCGGCAUCAGAAAGUUCACUCUGGAGAGAAGCCCUAUGGCUGCGUGGAAUGUGGGAAGACCUUCUUUGGAAAGUCGCAGCUCCUAACCCACCAGAGAACUCACACUGGUGAGAAACCGUAUGGCUGCAGUGAGUGUGGGAAGGCUUUCACCCAGAAGUCAAGCCUGAUAUCGCAUCAGAGAACACACACUGGCGAGAAGCCCUACAAAUGCAGUGAGUGUGGGAAGGCCUUCAGCGAGAAGUCCAGUCUCACUCACCAUCAGAGAACCCACACUGGAGAGAGGCCCUUUGAAUGCAGUGAGUGCAGGAAAGCGUUUGCCUGGAAGCCACAACUGCUCAGGCACCAGAGGAUCCACACAGGGGAGAAGCCCUACGAAUGCAGUGAAUGUGGGAAAGCCUUUGUUCAGAAGGUGCAGCUCAUUAAACAUCAGAGAAACCACACGGGAGAGAAAACCCAUGGGUGCAGUGAUUGUGCAAAAGCUUUCUUUGAGAAAGCACAGCUUAUCAUCCAUCAGCGAAUUCACACAGGAGAGAGACCCUACAAGUGUGCCGAAUGUGGGAAAUCGUUCACCAGAAAGUCCCAUCUCAUGAGGCACCAGAGGAGCCACACAGCAGGCAGAGGCUGUGCAUGCACUGAGUGUGGUGGCAGCUUCAGCAGCAGGUCGCAGCUCACAUUGCACCAGAAAGACCACACAGAACCAACGCCACAUGAGUGCAGCAAGGGCCGACCCCUGCCUGCUGUCAAAUGUCCCCACUGAGGACAGGUAGGAGAGACUCCUGUUGAGAUAGCAGCUGCUGGAAACAUGCUAGCAGGGAGUUGAGUCACGAGAGCUUUCUAGUGUUUGAAAAGCAGAUGUUGUGCAAAAGCCUUCUCCCAGAAGAUUCCCUGGGGCACCCCUGUGAGGACAAGCCAAGGUGGAAGUGAGGUUGGCAGCACCCUCUGUCAGAGGUCACAGGGAUUCAUGUUUAGAGACUUCAACAGGGAAAGCUGGGGGAGCAAACUCCUCAGGAUUCAGAGGUGUCAUCAGAAAGGAGGUGCUGGACGUUGUGUCUUGAGAGUCUACAUGAGGAGUUCUGGUGUCCAAGGGUCUUUGAAGUAAUUCUGCCAGGAAACUGUGUCUGUUGUGUAGGAAUCAUUACAAACAGCUGUCAGUCUCAGACAGACAUGUCUGCUAAAGGGUGAAGACUUCACUCUUGUGUGUGGUGGAGUAACCAGGAUCAGAGCAUGUUCCUGCCUUCAACAGCUACAUGUAAAAAGGCUUUUUCUUUUUUUAAUUUAUGUUUUUAAUUGAUACAUAGUAACUGUAUGUAUUUGUGGGUUUUAGUAUGGCUUUACAGUGUGGAUACAGUGUGUAAUGGUCAGGUCAGGCAUAUCUGUAAUUGGCAUCUAUCUGUUAGCUCAGCUUUACAUUUCUUGUGUUGAGAAUAUUCAGGAUCCUAUUCAUUAGUUAUUUUGAAAUAUUUGUAUUGCUAAUUGUUGCUGGGUGCAGUGGUGCACACCUGUUACCAGGAUCUUGGGAGGCUGAGGCAAGAAGAUCACAAGUUUAGGCCAGCCUGGGUCCCACAGUUAAAAAAUGAAAAAGGCUGGGCUGUGGCUCAGUGGUAGAGUGUCCAUGGUUUCCAUCAAAAUUCUGCAAACCAGGGCUAACUCUUCCCAACCAUAGUUAACCUACUGUGUUUCAGAAUGUCAGAAGUCAGUCCUCCUGUCCAGCUACAUACUUGGGCCCAUUGGCUACCCUCUCUUGGCUUCCCCACCUCCACUGUUUCCCAGCCUCUGGGAACCUAUUUUGGCUGGUCUCUGCUCCCUUGAGGAGACUUGGCUUCUGCAGGUGGUAUUAUUGCUCAAUGCCUGACACAUUUCACUUACUUGGUGACCCCCAGUUCCAACCUCAUUGUUGCAAACAAAAGCAGCAUUUCCAUUAUUUUAUGUCUGAAUGAUAUCCUGUUGGCACAUAUACCACAUUUUCUUUAUUCAUCCAGCAACAGACACCUGAGUUGAUUCCACAUCUUGGCCAGUGAUGAUUCUUGACAUGACACAUGUGGUCUGUGGUCCCAGACAGAUGGAGCUGACUCAUGGUCACCCAGCCUACUACAGUGGCAGUUUCCAGGUGGCCACACAGGGAAGGGGCCAAGAAUAGCCUUGUGGUGAGAAGGGAAGGAUUCCCACAGGGCCACAAUAGCUGGAGUUUGCAGGGAAGAUGUGGAGGUGUGCUUAACAGAGAGGGGCUGUCUGAGGGAUCCCCAACUCCUUUGGCUGAGUAAGGAUUUACACAUGUGUAGGAAACCUGGGAACAGCUGGAGCUGUGCAAGGCAGGGGCAAUUCAAGUGGGAACUGGCCAGAGACGAAUGGCUGGUCACCGUGUGGCAGCAGGUGGGCUCUCAGAAGCCCUGUUUUAGCAGAGGACUGACUAGCCCUAUAUCAAGCUACUCUGUUUCCAAGUAAAAUUUAGUGAAAGGCUGGGUUGUAGCUCAGUGGAAAAGAGCUGGCCUAACAUGUGAGGUGCUGGGUUCCCUCCCUGGCACUGCAAAAAGACAACAAUUUUAAAGCACCUAGAAGGGAAAUCAUACACAGGAACAAAUCACAGCAGGGCAUCUGGACAGGGCUGUGUAAGAAGAUAAGGAAGGUGCCUUAAAUUACUGAAAGAAAGCACCACAGCAACCCCCACAACGUAGAGUUUUCUGGUUCCAUCAAAAACAUCUAUAAGGGCUGGGAAUGUGGUUCAAGCGGUAGCGCACUUGCCUGGCAUGCACGCGGUGCUGGGUUCGAUCCUCAGCACCACAUACAAAUAAAGAUGUUGUGUCCGCUGAAAACUAAAAAAAUAAAUAUUAAAAAAAUCUCUCUCUCUCUCUUAAAAAAAUCUAUAAAUGAUGGAGGCAAAAUGAAGCCUUCUCAGAGUCAGAAGAUUGUUUGUUCCACAGGUUGACCUGCCCAUAGGAGAUGCUGAAGGAAGCCCUGGGCAGCAGAGAACAGUACAGAAUGGAAGUGUGGAUCUGUCUAGGGAGCCCAGAGUUCUGGGAAUGGUGAUGAGGGGUGGAUGAGAGCACUUCAGAGUGCUUUGAGGGGAGAGUUGGCCCUCACAGCCUGUAUCAUGACAGAGACUCUGAGUGUUUGAGAUGAUGAGAAGGGAAGUGUCUGGCAACAUAGCAUGUGGGUGACCCUUAAGUGCAGUUGGACAUGGCUGAGCACAGUAGCCUUGCCUGUGAUCCUGGCUGUGCAGGAAGUUGAGGCAGGAGGAGCAGAAGCUCCGAGAAGAAAAAGGGCUGGCUCAGUGUGAGAGCAGCCCUGGGCUUGGUCCCCAGCACUUUGGGGAAAGGGUAGUUGAAUGGACCCCAUCAGCCAAGUGGGAAGCUGUUCCCGGGGCUCAGGGUAAGUCCCCUUCAGCAGCCACACUCGGGAGUCCUCUAAGUCCUAGGUGUUCAUAUGCUGAUUGCUUUCUGUCUCUCCAGGCCCAUUGCUCCUUCUCCUUUGCACCCCAGAGUUUGUCUUAGGGAUGACUCCACUGGUUUUUCUUCACAGGUUUGAACAGUGUAAGGUACCAGGAGCAGAUCGGGACGGUAGGGCAGGGACCCUCUGCGCCCUCCCCGCUCCCUGCUGGACACUGGCUUGGCUUUCCAGUUCACAGCCUUUCUGGCUGUGGCACCUCUUUGGCUAAAGAUUUCCUAAGCUCUCCUUCUCCUUUCCCUCAGACCUAGGGUGAAUACAGAUCUGGGUGCCACCACUGGUUUGGUUUCAUUUUGGAGAUGUCUGUAGAUCGCCCCUUUAUUAAUAUCCUUGAGUUGCUAUUGAGUGUGUGGGGCAUACCCGAGCACACUACUUGGGGAGCUCCACCACCGAGCUAUAUCGCCAGCCUUUCUUAUUUUUUUUUUCUUUUUAAUUGUGAAACAGGUCUUGCUAAACUGCCCGGGUGGCCUUGUGAUCCUCCUGCCUCAGCCUCGCAGGUAGAAGGAUAAUGGGCCUGUACCACCACACCCAGCCUUAAGGUGGUUUGUUUUCUGCAUUGUGUUAAAUAAUGAGCACUAAGACUGUGAGAGCAUUAGCCCUGGUACCUGUGCCUCAAGGACACAGACUGAUAUCUGUCAAGAUUUCAUAUUCCAGACAUUAAUAUUUUGUCUUUGUAUUUUAACAAUGCAGUAGAAAUUAUAACAAAUAUGAAAGGGUGUGUGUGUGUUUCAUGUUUAUGGCCCUGGAGUCUAUUAUUGUCUGUUACAAACAUAAACAGGCUUGCAGUUAUUACUGAAUCCCUCUUCAGUACCAGAAAACAAAAUGUUUGCAAAGUCUUAAGCUACCUCUGGGUCAGCCACAUACCUCCAAGAAGCCCUAUUACUGGCUAUAUCAUCCUGGACCAGGAGCAAGAUCAACUGUUGCACAGGCUCUAGAAGUCACCCUGUGUGGUUGGAAGGCCCUGUCCACUUUCUGCUGUUCCUUAUGUGCAGCUCAUGUGGUCUCUGCCAGUCCUCAGUUACCAUUGUCCCCUCUCACACACUGCCAGAAAGAAACCUGUCCUCUCUGAGAGUAAGGAGUUGCUUAGCUAACGGUCCCAUGGAGCUGACUGGGCUAACUAGACUGCCAGUGAGUAACUCCCUGUGUGGCUUCGGUUCCCGCAACUCAGCUGCCUCACCAGCCCUUGGGUGGCGACGAAGCUCCCUUACCCUGGACCCGCAUGUCAUCUCUUCUGAAACAGACGUUGAUGCAGGCCUCCUCUUUGGACAGUGCCAGUAAGCACAGGGCAAUCUGUGUUCAUGAACUUUUGUAUCACUCUGUUCUGUCUCUAAGGGGUUAAAUAAAUGCCUUGAUAUUUGGUAUAAGUAGAA